UGGCCUACCCUGUCACCGCCCCAAGUCACGAAGGAUCACAUGAUACUUCCGAGUCCUCGCCCUAGCUUCAAAAUAGCCAUGACAAUAAUAGAGGUCCAUCCAUUCCCUCAGAAACUCAGUACACCAUACCUUCCAAGAGAAAAAGGUAUAUCAUCGUGCUCCUUUGUGUAUUUGCGUUCACAAUGAUGCUCGGCGACAACCUGCAGCCUGCAGCACUUAUUCAAAUAUUCGAAGGCGUUAUCUGUGAUGACUAUUAUAAGGCACAUCCAUUGUCUUCGGCUUCAAAUGCCACCUCCCCGACGCUGCAGUUGUGCAAGGUCCAGCCUGUGCAAAAGGAGCGUGCGCUGCUACGCGGCUUUCAGCAGUUCGUACCUCUCUUCCCCGCCCUGCUGUGCACUGUACCAUACGGUCUUCUCGCAGAGCGGAUUGGGCGAAAGCGUGUGCUCGUCCUUAGUGGUGCCGGGAUCGUUGCCGCACUUUCAUGGGUGCUAGCAGUUUGCUACUGGCGAUUUAUUUCAAUUCGUUGGGUUUUGCUUUCGGGAGUCUUUCUCUUCAUCGGCGGCGGUGACGCUGUUACUUCUAGUAUGGUGCAUGUCAUGGUUACAGAUACCGCAAGCCAGGCGGAGCGUGCGCAAAUAUUCCUAUAUCUCCAUGCAGCUGAUAUGAUUUCAGGCUUCUUUGGGCCUGCAAUCAGCGCUCCGUUGAUGGAGAAAGGACAUACAUGGGCUGUCCUACUACUUGCCGAGGGCGUACUUUUCUCGGGCGCAUUCCUACUUACGCAAUUCAUCCCUGAAACGUUAUAUUUCAGGGACAAAACGUAUAGUAGCCUGAAAUCGAUAUCUGAUCCUAGUUCUUCGCAAGCCACGACAUCGUCUUCUUCGCGUGGCUCAGAAUCACCAAGUACCAAAAAGAAUUCUUUUUCCCGCAGGAUAUACCGGUUGUCGGUUCCUUAUCUCAGCGUACUGACGUCAAACCGACAAGCCCUAUUGCUCCUUCCAAUUUUUGCUCCUCAGACCGCUGCCCGGGAGCUCUUCACCGUGAUCGGUCUACAGUACUCUGACGCGAAGUUUUUCCUUUCCUAUGCCCGGGGUAACGUACUACUAUCGCUCUUUCAAGGCGCACAAGGCCUAUUCGUGCUCGUCCUUCUUCCCUUAAUAACCCGCACAAUUGCCGAACCACGUGGUUGGAGUGCCUCGAGGCGCGACCGUCGAUAUGCCAUUGUGUCUAUUGCUAUGACGGCAUUCGGCCUUUUGGUAAUAGGCCUUGCGCCGGUUUUGGCAGUUGAGGCAUCGGGGCUGCUGCUGGUUGCACUUGGUAGCUGCACAACAGGGUUGUUAAUGAGUCUGUUAGGUGGAGCGGUGCAGCCUAGCCAGGUGAGCACAUUUUAUAGUGCGGCGCUCACGCUAAGCAUGAUGACGCGGAGCGUAACAGGACCGGUAGCUAGUGCGCUCUUGGUAGUGGGUUUGGAGCUGGGGUGGAAAUGGAUGGGCAUCCCGUUUGCAGCUAUGGCGAUGCUGAUGGCUGGAGUAACGGUAGCAAGCGGAUUCAUUAGGAUAGAGAAAGCGGAGGACGUGAGUGAAGAUGAUACUGAACUUGCCAAAGACAAGCCCUUGGGCGCUCGGACUGGAUCCUUGGAAAAGUGUUCAAUACUUCUGGCCCUGGCUCCUCUGUCAGGAGGGUUGGUUUUGCCAGGAGUUGACCUCUAUGUGCAUCGAUUUUAUACAUACUGCAAAGGAAGAAUGUAG